UGAUGAGUAUAGGAUUGAUAAUGCUGAGGAAUGAUUCCUGACUUGGCGCACCGGGCUCGUCAUGUUGGUAGGAUCAUCCCUUUUCCGCCCAUUUACAAUGCGACAUCAAACCCCCCACCACCCUAAAUAUCAGGUUCUCAACUAUGUUACAUAUUUAUACAUUCAAAUUCGCAUUCACAGUCACACACGAGAGAUAUUAUCGCCUAAACAUCCUCCAAUCUGGUAUCUGCCAUGGAGUCGCUCCCGUUGGAGCUACUGGCGAUGAUAUUAGUCGCAGUAAAAUCAUCCACUGGAAUCUCGGAUCUGCUCUGUUGCCUAAGAGUCUGCAAACGAUGGCAUGACGUAGGAAUUUCGAAGUUAUACCGGCAUGUGGUUUUAGAUUGCACAAGUAUAACUCGUUUUAGAGAAACCUUCAAUCUACGUGAAGCCGCCUGCGUCCGCUCGUUGACAGUGCGGGCUACCAGGCUACCUAGGGACGGCGUCUACCAGAUAGAUGAAGACCUGAUAUUGUUGACAAAUGUUAUAACAAAACUAGACAAUCUAUCGACUUUCUCGUUCUGCACUCCCCCGCCGGUGCGUUUUGAUGUCUACCGCAUCUGGCAAGCCCUUUUCAGCUUGAUCGAUGCACUCCCUCACAGCUGCGUCAAUUUAGAACUUGAUCUUAUGGCAUACCACCGGCAUUUUCCAAGGACACAGCGUGUCAAUUUCGUGCAUAUUUGCGACAGACUGCGCUGCAUACUGCCUCGCAUGCGUCAUGUUCAUCUCAAACUCCCCGUCAUAUGCCCUGAUGUACUAAGCGAUCUUUCGACAAACUCAGAUAACUCGCCGACGCCCAUUAAACUACCAGACUUACAAACACUCUUUAUUCACUGUAAAUAUGCCUCGCGCAUGAUUAUAACGUGUGGGUUGGGAUCAGCGACGUCAUGGAUGUCGAUGACCUCCAUUCUGCAGAAACUUGCCGACUGCCCCGAAGCCUGCCCACCGUCUGCUAGCCUAUUCGCCCUUGGUGGUACGAGAUAUACUCGGGGUAGUACUUUGCGUGACGCGUUUAUACUCGCGGAACUUCGCUCCCGUACCAGCCAGGCUUUUCCUAUUCUUGUGUUAAACUCUGGCGGGUGGCUUAUGCGGAUGGGUGAUGGGAAAGGGUUUGUCUCUUCUUCAGGAGAACACCUCACCAAAGUAGUCGAAGAGGUUGCCUGGAAGACGCUCGUAGGUGGUGCUAGGCUACCCUCUGUCAUUGCAGAGAAUGAAGAUGAGCCUGUCCAAGGGUUAUUGCCGCCGAUCUACGAGGAAAGCUACUGGAGGGCUAUGAAUCCAGAAAAGACGUGCCAGACCUGGGAGAAUGAAUCAUUAACGGGAACUAUAAUGCUAGACGCAGAGGUCAGACAGGAUCCUACAACUUAUCUGGACUUAAAUCACAUCGUUGAGAAGACCAUAGAAACAGCUUAACCUAGUCUAUUGAAGACAAGAUGAGAAUUUUCUUCAUCGCGAUGACAAGUCCAAAUAGUCAUAUACAGGUAGGUACCUAACUAGUUAUACCAACACGAAUUAAAUUUAUAGUUAGAGGGCACAUUUGAUAAAAGAUCCACCCUACCCUAUAAUUAUAAUUCUCGAGUUAAUCAUUGUGUAUAGUCUGCACAACGUUAAAUUAAACCUUGAACCUAAGCCAGUAUCUUAGCUUAUUCCUGAAUUAAAUCACGAUCUAGC